GUUCGAGUUCUCGACGAAAACGACAAUGCGCCAGCAUUCUUGCACGGAACGGACGAUGACGAUGCGCUAAUAGCUGUUGUCGAUUGGCAAGCUCGCUUGUUCAGUCCCAUCAUCAGAUUGGAGGCAACGGAUGCGGAUGAGCAUCCGCAACUAAGCUAUUCCAUUUCUGGAAAAGAUUCGGAUUACUUUCUUGUGAACGCAACUUCCGGCCUUGUCGUCCUUGCAAAGUCUAUCGCCGACUAUGCAGGAGAGUCGUUCCAGCUUACUGCAACUGUCACUGAUGGCUUACAUAUCGUGCCUACGCCACUUAGAAUUUAUAUGAUUUCGCCAUCAUCAUCACUUGUACAACUCACAGCUAAUGUUCCUCAUUCACAAGUUGAUCAGCGCAGCGUUGAACGAAUGUUGAACGAGCUCAAUGGUCUUGAUAACCGUCUACUCAUCAAACAGCCGUUUGUAGACCAACAAGGUCAUGCAGAUCCUACUAGAUCGCAUCUAUUUGUAUACGCUUUGGAUAGAAAGACGAAAAUACCGUAUCUAAAAGAAGACCUAGCCAAAUCGCAUCUAUUUGUAUACGCUUUGGAUAGAAAGACGAAAAUACCGUAUCUGAAAGAAGACCUAGCCAAGAGGCGAGCCAUCGCCACAAGCGAUCGGGAGUACAUGGUGUCUUCCCUUGCUGGUCCACGUCCCUACGAUGUUGAAGAGGUGACGCGAACGACCGCCCAGAGGGUGUUAUCGGCCCGUCCCUUACCCGAUCCGAUGACCAAUCAAAUUGAAGUUGCAGUCUCUCCUAUUUUUGUUGGAGAAAUGACUAACAAAUCCGACACAACUCAAGCUUUUUCUAACAGCGUCAGGUGAGA